UUUGAUUUGUAGGAUUACCGUCAGGUUGGUGAUUAACCAACCACUGCGUCCAGGUGUUAGCUUCACCAACACAGUGAUUAGCCGAAGCUCAAACAGCCGCUCAGACGAGGCUCAGAACUGGUUCGAGGACUGAUACUGUGACGGUGAAGUCUUCACUCGGCAACGACUAUUCCACACAAACUACUAUGAAAUACUGUGACGUUACAAGUGGUUGGAGACGGAGUUGUUACAUACAUCAGCAUGGUCGCCCCCUGGUGACUAACGGCUGGGGUUCGUUCUGCUUCACGCGAUGCUUCACUCCAGUCCCUCUGUGGUUGUGGGUCUGACUUCUUGUGGUACUGAACCAGCAGGAAAAGAACUGCCAGCUGUGGCCAGUAAUGGUGCUUGUAAUUACCUCCACCGAGGAUGUUGUUUCUGCUGUCGUCUGUGUGUCUGUCUGCAGGACAGAUUAGGGGGGAAAAAAUCACAUUUGUUAACAUUGUCUUAGCAGUGACUGACUGACCUGGAAAGUGACUCAAAAUGAUCAUUUAUUUGAUGAAGUUUUUACAGUUUGAAGCGACUGGAGACUUCACGUUCUCAGGAAUUGAUGUGGGAAACUGUUGUGAGCAGCAGGAACAUUUCCCUCUCAUACAAAGAGCUACAUUAUUGUGCAGACAACAAUGUGAUGUUGUGAUGUAGAACCCAGUACUUUGGAGUACCACAGGUGAUGAUUACGAAGUAUCAGCACUCGGUUUCACACACAAAGGCUUCUUUCUUCGUCCCGAUGAAAUAAUUCCUCAGAUUUUGGAAGGGAAUGUCGUAAAUAUGAAUUAAAGACAUCUGAUCCUCACAGGAUAAACACCCUCUCAUUUUCUUUAUCUACAACUUUUCAUUUCACAUUUUUCACAUAUUUCUGGGACUAACGUGGAUUACAGCGUCUCUGCGCCGCGGACCGCAGACUCUCUUUUGUUCCUGGAGAAGAAGUUUCACUUUAAUUGCAGCUUUUCUCCUCUCUUCCUGUCAACCUUCCCUCGCGGCUCUGCCGGGCCCUGCGUUUCUUCUGUUACUAGAUAGAAGACGGAGCUGUGUUUUCUAACUCGGCUCACAUUUCUGGAUGUGCCUCUCCCCCCUCUCUCUCCCCCUUCCUCCCUCUCUCUCUCUCUCUCUUUGCCCGGCUCCUCCUGCAGUCGCUCUCUUUUACUCCUGUGCAUUUUUCUGUGACUGUGUGUGUGUUGGAGGAGGAGGAGGAGGAGGAGGAGGUUCAGAUUUGUUCAGUGAAGUCAGACGAGGGGAGGUCGACUCAGCAGGCAGAUAUGGAGGCUCUGCAGCUGAAAGAAAAACUCCUCCAACACUUGGAAACUUAACUUUUUUUCUUUUUUUUUUCUUCUUCCAAAUGUGGACAUGAUCUCGGAGAAGAGUUUCUCCUUUCAGCAGAUCUCCAGCUGCUCUCCUUCUUGUUGCUGUGACAUGUGAAGAGGUCCAGCCUGUGUGAAUGAACAGGAGUGUGUUUUUGUGGCUACGGACGAACAAUAAGUCGGCCGGGAUCGCUGCGGUAAACUCUGAGAACCUGCACUUUCUGGUUGUACUUGAAGUAUCUGCAGUAAACCUGUGAAGUUCCCACUCUUCUCUUUGGCUGCUGCGGUUGUAUUUUUGUUUUUAUUUCAACUUGUUCAGAUGUGGAGAGCAGGCUGCGGUGCUUUCUUUUCCAGGAGAGUCUCUCCCUCCUCUUAUCUCCUCACUCCAACCUCCUCCAUCUCUCUUUCAUGUCCGUGGAGGGGGAGGAGCUCAGGACCGAAGUGAAGAGACCUGGGCAGUGAUGUUUCAGUGCACAGGUCGUGCAACAGCGGUUGUCUUUGUCGACUCUCAUCAGACGCCCCCAUGAACCAAUCAGACGCCAGCAUGGACUGCACAGCUAUUAUUUUUAAACCGUGCGCCUGCUCCACCACCAAGUGGUGUCGACACGAGCGCUCCUCCAACCGUCGCCAGCGGCGGCUCCUGCAUGGCUGCCGCUGUGGUAGAGAUGUCAUGGAGGCAGAUGUUGUUGGCCACGCCCCCUCCUCCCUCCUGCGGCGCCUGUUUCUUUUCGCCUGCUGUUGUCGGUCUCAGGAGGACGGCCCUGAGCUGCGGCGGCAUUGGGUGGCACUUCCUGUUAGCCGUGCACAAAGAGGAAGAAGAGAGGAAGAAGGUGAAGAUGAGGAACUGGGACCUCCGCCCUCCGUAGACGAGGCCGCCGAUGCUCUGAUGACCAGGCUGGGCUUCCUGUUGGGUGAAAAGAUCAUCAGCAGAGAACCAGGGUCUCCUUACCACGGCCAGGACGACGGACAGAGAAUCUCUCCUUCCUCCAGUCUGGCCAGUAGCAGCACCUCCCCCUGCUCCACUCUACAGCCCCCUACAGGAGGGGAGGGCAGCAGCGAUAACAGGCACGUCUCCUCCCUCCACGCCUCCGUCACCUCCCCCACCUCAACACUGGAAAGCCGAGACAGUGGCAUCAUCGCCACAUUAACCAGCUACUCCGCUGAGUCAGCGGCAGAGCAGGACGGGGGGGAACCCAGAUUUUUCAUUCCCUCUGUUCCUUCUCUCCCUGUAGCUACUAGUUCAGCCCACCUGGAAGACCUAGCCUACCUGGAUGAGCAGCAGAGACACGUUCCCUCAAGGACCUCCCUCAGAAUGCCCAGACAGAAUUCUGGGAGUCGUAGUCAACAGGAUCACAGAGUUCGCUUCACUCCGUCUCUCAACCUGAAGUGUUUACACUUUGAGGUUCCUGGUCUCUCGUCUGAUUGGCUCUUCACUGGGAGGGAGUGGCUCUUCCAGGAAGUUGAUGCCAGCCUCGGCAGCGACGACCCGACGACCAGUCGGGGUGUUUUGAUCAUUGGGAACAUGGGCUUCGGUAAAACAGCCAUCAUCGCUCGUCUGGUGGCGCUGAGCUGUCACGGACACCGGAUGUCUGCCGGGAACCACAGCGCCGCCAAACAUGUAGUGCCUGGUUCUCUUUCCAACAAUUCUUUGGGAAGAGGAGGAGGGAGAGGAGGUGGCAGAGGAGAUGAGGAGGGAGUAGGAAGCUGCCCAGGAACUCCAGAGACGAGGAGGAGGCAGGAGGAGGUGUUGAGGAAGCUGGCAGGACAGGUCGUCUCCUUCCACUUCUGUCAGGCCGAUAACUGUUACACGUGUCUGGUUCCGGAGUUUGUGCACAACAUGGCAGCCAUGCUCAGUGAAGCCCCCCAGCUGCUGGCCUACAGAGAGCUGCUGCACCAGUCGCCGCCGCUACAGAGCAUGCUCAGUCUGCGCUCCUGCAUCCAGGACCCGAGCUCGGCGCUGCAGAGAGGAAUACUGGAACCACUGGACGCUCUGUACAAAGAGAGGAAGCUGAACGUGGAGGGGGCGGGGCUUAUCAUCCUGAUUGAUGGCUUGAACGAGGCAGAAUUCCACCGCCCGGACUACGGCGACACGUUGACUUCCUUCCUGACCAAAAAUGUCCUGAAAUUUCCUUCCUGGUUGAAGAUCAUUACCACCGUCAGAACCAGCCAGCAGGACACCACGCUGUCGCUACCUUUUCACCACAUCUCUCUGGACAAGUUGGAGGAGAACAGCGCCAUAGACCAGGACCUGCAGGGAUACCUGAUGCAGCGCAUCCACAGCAGCAGUGAGAUCCAGAGCAACGUGUCGCUGAGCAACGGUCGCCUGGACCACACGGCCCUCACCAAGUUGAUCAGCCACCUGAAGAGCCUGAGCAGAGGCUCGUACCUGUACCUGAAACUGACCCUGGACCUGAUCGAGCGAGGGUACCUGGUCCUCAAGAGCUCCAGCUUUAAGGUCGUUCCCGUCAGCCUGGCUGAGGUUUAUCUGCUGCAGCUCAACAUGAGGUUUCCCACCCAGUCAUCUUUCCAGAGAGUGCUCCCCCUACUGAACAUCACUGUGGCAUCGCUGCACCCCCUGACGGAGCAGCAGCUGUUUGAGGUGGUGAACGCAGGAGCUCUGAGCGGAGGAACUCUGCAGUGGGACGAGUUUUCCCAGCGCCUGGAGCAGCUCUCAUCUUUCCUCCUGAGGCGCAGCGACGGCAGCUGGAUGCUGAGCCACGCCUCCUUCAGGGAGUGGCUGGUUUGGAGGGAGGAGGGGCAGGAAGACCGCUUCCUCUGUGACCCCCGCAGUGGGCACACUCUCCUGGCCUUCUGGCUGUGCAGACAGGAAGGGAAGCUGAAUCGACAGCAGACCCUGGAGCUGGGACACCACAUCCUCAAGGCCCACAUCUAUAAGGGUCUGAGUAAGAAGCUCGGGGUUUCCUCCUCAGUUCUGCAGGGGCUGUGGCUGGCCUACAGCACAGAGAACCUCAGUCCUGCUCUGUCGUCGCUGCGUAACCUGUACACUCCUAACAUCAAGGUGAGUCGGCUGCUGAUCAUUGGUGGAGCCGACGUAGACCACCGCAGUGAUGUCCUCAACAACGCGCCGCUGCUCUGCGUCCACUCCCACCUCGGUCACGGGGAUGCGGUGGCGUUGCUGCUCGACCACGGAGCUGAGGUCGAUGCUCAGUCACAUGACGGUUUGACUGCGCUGGGCUUCGCUGCUGCGGCUGGACACAUGGACCUGGUGGUGACGCUGAGUCAGCACAAAGCUAAGGUCGGUCACGUGGACACCUCAGGUCAGUGUGUGUUGGUGCACGCCGCCCAGCGUGGUCACCUCAACGUGUUGGACUUCCUGUUGAAGAACGGAGACUGGAGGUGCACUUCCUGCUGUGGCCAGAAGGGGCCGAGCAAAGGCCAGGCCGUUGAGCAAGCUCUGACUGCAGCAGCCAGCAUGGGCCACACAGAGCUGGUCUUGUAUCUACUGGAUCUUCCAGAGGACGACGUUGACCGACCUGGGGUCAACGCCCACGACAGCCUAUGGGGAGAGACAGCUCUGACGGCGGCGGCAGGAAGUGGCAGCCUGCCUGUGUGUGAACUGCUCCUGGACCGAGGUGCUGCCGUCGAGCAAGGCAACAGACGGGGUGUGACGCCGCUCUUCAGUGCCGUGAGACGGGGCCACUGGCAGGUGGUGGAGCUGCUCCUGAGCCACGGGGUGGACGUGAACAUGGUCGACCAGCAGGGUCGGACGGCUCUAAUGACAGCAGCCUCAGAGGGACAUGUCCCCACGGCCAAACUGCUGCUGGACAACGGAGCGUCUCUGGACCAGACUGACAGGGAGGGCUUGACAGCACUGAGCUGGGCGUGUCUGAAAAGUCAACUCCCAUUGGUCAGAGAGCUGGUGGAGAGAGGGGCCACUACGACGCACGCUGACCGCAGCGGGAGGACGCCGCUGGACCUGGCCGCCUUUCGUGGAGACCCAGAAGUGGUUCAAUACCUGGUGGAUCACGGAGCUUCAGUGGAACAUGUUGAUUCCAGUGGGAUGCGACCUCUGGACCGAGCCGUCGGCUGCAGGAACACCUCAGCCGUCAUCGCUCUUCUCAAGAAGGGAGCAAAGAUUGGACCAGCGACCUGGGCCAUGGCGACCUCCAAACCCGACAUCCUGAUGGUUCUACUGAGCAAACUGAUCCAGGAGGGAGACAAACUCUACAAGCAGGGCAAGGUGAGAGAAGCCGCUCAGUCCUACCAGUCAGCGCUGCAGAAGUUUCCGGGAGACGAGCUGAAGACCUUCAGGCAGCUGAGGGUUAGCGUGCUGCUCAGCCUGUCGCGCUGCCGCCGCAAGAUGAACGAUUUCAGCCUGGCGGAGGAGUUUGCUACCAAAGCUCUGGAACUUAAAGCGAAGUCGUACGAGGCCUUCUACGCCCGAGCGCGAGCCAAACGCAGUCGAAGACAAUUCCACGCGGCUCUGGAAGACCUGAUCGAGGCCAGCCGUCUGUGUCCGUCCAACAGGGAGAUCCAACGUUUGCUGUCUCGGGUGAAGGAGGAGUGUCGUCAGGUGUGUCACCCACAGGACUCCGCUGCUCCUCCGGUCCACCAGGGUUUUCAGCCUCAUCUGCCCGUGGGUGAGGUCCGGUGCAGGGACUCAGGGUUUCUACAGACUCAGGAGAAGGAGGGUCUCACGGAGGAAGAGGAUGAAGACGAGAAGGAAGAGGACACCCCCCCCAACGUCUCCUUUUACCCUUCACCUGGGGCACAGAGCCUGGACCCCUACUGUCAGCCCAGGAUGUCGUCCCCCUCUCCUUUAUCUCCGACUCACCGCCAUCAUCAUCAUCAUCACCCGGGCUCCGUCCACCCACCGUCCACUCCUUCCUCCCCGUUUGUUCCUCCCUCGUCGUCGUAUCAUAACAUCACGUCUCCUUCCUCACCCAUGCACCACCCGUCCCCCCGUGUCGGACAGGAUUCCUGCCGUUCAAAAAGUGGGGGUGUGCACCACUACCCCCAGUCACUUCCGGCCCCUCCCCCCGCGGAGCAGAAGCAGGGGCUGCAGCAGCAUCACUUCCUGUCUGAUCAGGUGUCUUUUCAGAAACAGAACCCUGUUCAAGGCCAGUGGCUCCAGCCGGCCAAAGUCCCGGGCGUCAGAACCAGUCAGCCCAACUUCUCCUUCCACCCCAGUGCGGCCCUGGGGGGUCCAUCUUACCCUCAGUUUGUGAAUUUGCCCCAGGAACUGGCUGAACUGGGUGAAGGUCUUUGCACCAGUCCCCUCAACGUCAGACGAAACCUGCCGGUCCAGACUGCUCUGAAUUCUGGAGCCUCCUAUCCACCAGAGGGUGCUGAUGAUUUGAUAUGUCAGGCGAGGGCUUUAUCUGCCUACGGAAGGGGGGCAGCGGGGGACAACGGGGGAGUCAAACAUUUCGUCCCCCCCCCGCAGGUGUCUUUCCAGAAACAGAACCCUGUUCAAGGCCAGUGGCUCCAGCCGGCCAAAGUCCCGGGCGUCAGAACCAGUCAGCCCAACUUCUCCUUCCACCCCAGUGCGGCCCUGGGGGGUCCAUCUUACCCUCAGUUUGUGAAUUUGCCCCAGGAACUGGCUGAACUGGGUGAAGGUCUUUGCACCAGUCCCCUCAACGUCAGACGAAACCUGCCGGUCCAGACUGCUCUGAAUUCUGGAGCCUCCUAUCCACCAGAGGGUGCUGAUGAUUUGAUAUGUCAGGCGAGGGCUUUAUCUGCCUACGGAAGGGGGGCAGCGGGGGACAACGGGGGAGUCAACCAUUUCGUCCCCCCCCGUCAGUUCAGCCGUAACCAGUCCAAAGCGGCGUAUUAUCCCAUGGAGGUCACAGAAGCGACCCCAGGACCUCUGGACAACCUGGCACCGCUGCACGAGUACCAGUACCACAACCCGGGCGGCCCACGUCGACCACUCAGCGCCCAUCCAACCACGACGUCUGCCUCCUCCAACCGACCACUGAACCAAAGUGCCAGUGUCUGUUUCCCUCCCAGCAGCAGCGGCAGCGGCCACGCCGGGGGGCAGGCAGGCCCCGGUCUCUUUCCCCCCCCCAGCGCCGGGGCCCCCAGCCACGCCGGUGGACAGGCAGCCAAUCACGGUUCACCGUUCAGGACAUCGUUCUCUACGCAGCACAUCGACUCGGCUCCAGACGGUUCCUCUGGUACCGGGUACGCUGACGAUCUCUUCCUGCUCCCCUCCUCUCAGUCAGAAGGAGGUAUGUCAGGAGGGGGCACUUAUCCCGGGGAGGUGGGCCGCUCCUCCAGAAGCACUCCUUUUAUGGGCGUCACUGAUAAGACGGUGAGGGUUCACCAGCAGUUCCAGCAGCCGGUUCCUUCUAGUUCCUCCUCCUGCCUCAGCCCCUCCCGCUCCUGGGCCGUGUCGUCGGUGGACACGGUGGUGACGUCACCCAGUAAAAACCCCGGUGGUCACGCAGGGUUCAGUCACCCCCCGCCCUCCUCCAUCGCCUACCACAACCGCAGUAACAACAACGCCCACAACGGUCACCUUCUACAUGACGACCAGCUCAACUAUUAUGAGGUGCUGCCAUCCAGUGGUCGUCAGGGGGAGGGCUUGGUGCAGGUCGCCAGUCAUAUUCCACCGUAUGUGGACGUGAAACUGGCCCGGACACUUCCUGUGAUCCACGGCUGCUCCGACCGACCGGCGGAGCAGAAGACGGGGCCCACGUCUCCGGUCAAACCAAAACGGCCGUUUGUGGAGUCCAACGUGUAGAAGAGUGUAGAUGAACGCCGCGGUCUCCUCAUGGAGACGCUGGGGUUCCACGAUUGGACGAUGCUUGAAAAUAGUUUUUUUUUUUUUUUCUACGCCAAGUUCUUGUUGCAGCGUUCAGACGAGAUGCAAUAAUACGUUCAACGGUGCGGAACACGACGGGAACUUUGGUCGCAUGCUUCGUUUGAUGCACAAAACCUGGAGAGUAAAGCACAGGUUCUGGUUCUGUUGUCAGGAAGGAAAGUUCUGCCUGACAACAGAGUGCUGAUACUGGACUGGAACAAGGGGGGGGGGAGCAGGAGACGUGGGUCAGAGAGAGCGGGUCAGAUCUGUAGGUUAGAGAACCAGAGGAAUGACCAAGAAUGAAGAGAACGUUCUAAAGGUUCUAAAGCACUUCUAGAGAUGAUGAAGGAAAAAAAACAAAACAGAAAUUCUAAAAACCAUCAACCAGAUUCUAAAUAGUUUAAUCUAAAACGACACAUGAGUACCGCUGUUACUGUUUACAUUUCAGGUUUAAAGCUCGUUAGUGAUAAUGUGACUGGAAUCCUGUGGUCCAAGACCCAGUCCUUAAGCCAUAGUUUAAGAAACAAGGAAGAUGCUGUCAUUGAAUGAGCACUGACUUAUUGUUUAUAAAACAUAGUUAUGUGGUAUUUAUCUUUUUUUUUUUAAGUUAUGACUGUAGCUUGCAUAGAGUUUUUUUUUUACUUUUCACUGUGGCCAAUAGAGGGCGCCAUUUUUAUUUUAAAGGGACUAUUCACUAAUACUGAAUAAUACUGUUCUGUAGCAGACAAAAAAAAUCAACAGUGACAUAAAAGUUCUAUUCCUGCUUGUCUACUCAAGGAGCUAAGACAACGCCCUCUAGCGGACAUUUAUAUUAGUUUUACUUUCAGUUGCAAUUGAUUUAUUUUUUUGGUUUUAUUUAUUUUUUAAAUUGCUUUUUUUUUUAACUACAACAGUUCACAAGUGGUCAUCAAACAAUUUGCUACUAUUUUUCCUACAUGUCCCACAAGGUGGCGACACAGUCAGUAACUGACCAUGACACGAAGCACAUUCUUUGGCUCAUUUGUCAAAACUAUCUUUGCAGUUAUCAAUAGCACACAGUCUUUGCUUUGUUCAGGGUUAGCUUACCGCAACUGGAACAAACUUCCAGUACAGAUGUAGCGAUUAAACCUCUGAUCCGCUCGUGUGCUUAGGUGUUCGCUGCAAACUAGUAUGUUUGGCUAACUAGUUUGCUGCUAGCGUCGAAAGUCAAAAACUGUUUUAUCAGUAACACAUGACGAAAAAGUUAAAAAAUGAACCUGGUUCAACCACAGUCUAAUAAAUUCUGUAGCUUCUCCUCCUGUUAGCUAGUUGAGUGAUGCUAUCGGAGGUUAGCCAGCUAGUUAGCUAUUGUACUUUGUUUUUCCCAGCAACCUGAAGUAGCUCCAUAGUCAUAUAUUUACUAUUUUAAGUUUCCAUUUGGGGUUAAAGUAUGAAGAGAUAUAAGCUAAUCAGGCUAGGCUAACCCGUACAGUGAGUUGAAAAUGCUAGGUUAAAGGUUCUGUGUCUGUCAUUUGGGUUGAGGAUCCAGCAAAAGAAAUCGAUUCAUUUCAAUUCAUUUUUUGAAAAUCCUUUUAUUUAUUAUGAGGUUUCGCUGUAACAGGUCUUAGGUUAAAAACCCUGCUGUGCUCAAAGGGUCGGUGCCACUCUGGUAUGUGUGUGUGUGUGUGUGUGUGGGUCAUACAUGUUGAGGAGGAUUGUGAGGACAACUUCAAAUUAUUCUGAUGUCAAAAAGUUUCCUCCAAAUUGUCCUUUCUACAUGGAAACUAACUUGUUUCAGCAGAGGGCGCCAUUCUGUCUUUUCCACUUUUAAAGGAAGGGUGCUAAUGUUUUUGAGUCAACUCACAGUUGUUGACAUAAUUAUUACAAAAUUAAAGCAUAAACUGAUGAUUUAGAUGCAUCAGUUUGUGGAAUGAACCAGAUGUUUGGACUCGGAGGUGCUGCUGACCUCUGACCUGUCGCCCUCCUUGAUCACUGCCCGUUCUCUUACCCCUCAGGAGACUGUGAGGAACCUCCACAGUCAAAAAAAAAGGCAAAAGCUUAAAAAAAAAAAAAAAUUAAUCCUUGAGCCACACCACAGAUUUCAACUCUGUCAUAAAACCACGUGCUUUGCUCUAUAUGUAGGAUUUAGCCCCCCCCUGUGGUUAAAAAGUUCUGGAACAGUUGGGUGGGGGUGGGUGUCCAUGUGAGUGUGUUUGGGUGUGUUUUUCCACUGUGUUAAAGAUGUUAAUAUUUGAAGUCCUGGAGGUCAAGUCAGAACAUACGUUCAUAUGAUGCAUUUACAUCGUGUUUAUAUUCAAGUUUGUGUGAAAAUACCGACUGCUACGUUAGCAUAACAGAGAAAUAAAGGUGUGUGGAAAACAGAAAA